UUCUGCUUCCUCUCACUUUGGGAAGCUAACUGAUGGCUGAUUUAUGAAAUUUAUUUUUUUUUGCCCUGGCAUUUCUGGCCACGUACCCCUAUUCUUUCCUCCCUAAUAAUCUCUACCUCUUAAAAGGAUGACCGGUCAAAUAACUCAAAGAGGAGCUCUCUCUCUGCUGCUCUUCCUUGCUCCAGCAGUGGCACCAACAUGGUACACAGGUUCAGGCUACAAUCCAGAUGAAAGCUACAAUGAAGUAUAUGCUGAAGAGGUGCGACAGGUACCUGCCCUAGACUACCGAGCCCCCCGAUGGUGUUAUACAUUAAACAUCCAAGACGGAGAAGCCACAUGCUACUCACCAAGGGGAGGAAAUUAUCACAGCAGCCUGGGCACUCGUUGUGAUCUCUCCUGUGACCAGGGCUAUCGACUGAUUGGACGAAGGUCGGUGCAAUGUCUGCCAAGCCGCCGCUGGUCUGGAACUGCCUACUGCAGGCAGAUGAGAUGCCACACAUUGCCAUUCAUUACGAGUGGCACCUACACCUGCACAAAUGGGGUGCUUCUUGACUCCCGCUGUGACUACAGCUGUUCCAGUGGCUACCACCUGGAAGGUGACCACAGCAGAAUCUGCAUGGAAGAUGGGCAAUGGAGUGGAAGCGAGCCUGUAUGUGUAGACAUAGAUCCCCCCAAGAUCCAUUGUCCCCACUCACGUGUGAAGAUGGCAGAGCCAGAGAAACUGACUGCUCGAGUAUCCUGGAACCCACCUUUGGUGAAAGAUUCUGCUGAUGGUACCAUCACCAGGGUGAUGCUUCGGGGCCCAGAGCCUGGCUCUCACUUUCCCGAAGGAGAGCAUGUGAUUCGUUACACUGCCUAUGACCGAGCCUACAACCGGGCCAGCUGCAAGUUCAUUGUGAAAGUACAAGUGAGACGCUGCCCAACUCUGAAACCACCACAGCAUGGUUACCUCACCUGUACCUCAGGGGGAAACAACUACGGUGCCACCUGUGAAUAUCACUGUGAUGGAGGUUAUGAGCGGCAAGGAACCCCCUCCAGGGUCUGCCAGUCUAGCCGCCAGUGGUCAGGAUCACCACCCAUUUGUGCUUCUAUGAAGAUUAAUGUCAAUGUCAACUCAGCUGCUGGCCUUCUGGAUCAGUUCUAUGAGAAACAACGCCUCCUCAUCAUCUCGGCUCCUGAUCCCUCGAAUCAAUAUUACAAAAUGCAGAUCUCUAUGCUACAGCAAUCUACUUGCGGGCUGGACCUGCGACAUGUGACCAUCAUCGAGCUGGUGGGGCAGCCACCUCAGGAAGUGGGGCGCAUCAAGGAGCAACAUCUGUCAGCCAACAUCAUUGAGGAGCUCAGGCACUUCCAGCGCCUUACUCGCUCCUACUUCAACAUGGUGUUGAUUGACAAGCAAGGGAUUGACCGGGAACGCUACAGGGAACCUGUCACCCCAGAGGAAAUCUUCACAUUCAUUGAUGACUACCUACUGAGCAAUCACGAGCUGAUCCAGCGCCGGCAACAAAGGGACAUAUGUGAAUGAACUUGA